UUAAGGAGGACUUAAGUUAAGUGCUGAAAGUGAAGACAAUAAAUAAAAAACAUGAGGAAAAAAUAGCUGAAAAUUAAACUAGUUUUGAAACAGCUUUUAAAAAUGCAUAUUUUUAAAAGAUCUCCAAUAAUGGGACCAGAGCCCUAUACCAACUAUUUAAAUGGCUCUGCACACUCUUUAACCUCCCCUAUGGCCCAGCCGAAUCUGGGCUGGAAUUAUCCCAUGGAAUAUCAACAUUUAGUGCAUCAACAUUGGCGCUCCUUUCCGGUACCCGAAAUUUAUUAUCAGGCUUUUUUAUUUAUUGCCUUUAUAGCCAUGUUAUUUUGCUCACUUUUUGGCAAUGGUUUAGUUUUAUGGUUAUUUUCAACAUCGAGGAAUUUAAAGACCCCCUCGAAUAUGCUGAUUAUAAAUUUGGCUGUUUUCGAUUUGACCAUGGCUACAAAUAUGCCUCACUAUUUGAUCAAUGCGUCGUUGGGUUAUUUUCAUGGUGGCGAUUUGGCCUGUGAUAUUUAUGCGGUCUUUGGCAGUAUUUCGGGUAUUGGGGCGGCGAUAACUAAUGCAUUUAUAGCCUAUGAUAGAUAUAGAACUAUUUCCAAUCCCAUUGAUGGCCGCUUAAAUUAUCCUCAAAUCACUGUUUUGAUUAUACUGACUUGGUUGUGGACCAUACCAUUUUCGGCCUUACCUUUCUUUCAUAUUUGGGGACAUUUUAUACCAGAGGGCUUUCUCACCAGCUGUUCCUUUGACUAUCUCUCCGAAGACGAUGAGACCCGCUAUUUUGUACGCUGCAUGUUCGUUUGGGCCUAUUGCAUACCCAUGGUUAUUAUCUGUGUCUAUUAUACGAAAUUAUUUUUUCAUGUUCGCGAUCAUGAGAAAAUGUUAGCCGAUCAGGCCAAGAAAAUGAAUCUCAAAUCGUUGUCGGCAAAUCAAAAUACGGCUGCAAUGAGUGUAGAACUGCGUAUAGCUAAAGCCGCCAUGACUAUAUAUUUAUUGUAUGUUUUCUCGUGGACUCCCUAUGCUACUGUUUCGCUAUUGGGUACUUAUGGUUAUCGCCAUUUAAUAACGCCGUUUGCCUCUAUGAUACCUUGUUGUUGUGCGAAAUUGGUUUCGUGCAUAGACCCAUGGGUUUAUGCUGCCAGUCAUCCGAAAUAUAGAGCAGAAUUGGAGAAACGUUUACCUUGGUUGGGUAUAACAGAAAGAAAUUCUGCGCCUUCGUCGAGUGGCGGUGGUGAUAAUUUAGAUUGUGAAACGAGUACAGUAUCGGCUAUGAAUUAAACAAAUAGGUGUAAUAGAGUUCUCAUUAGAAAAUUGCCUUCUGAAGGCAGUUUUCUAAUAGAGGAUUUUCCUCAGAAAAGUGUCUUCGUUGAACAGAUUCCGACUCUUCAAGAUCGUUUUCAUUAGUGUGUCUAAAGAAAAAUUGUCUUCUGAUGAAAAGUUUCUUCUGAAGGCCGUUUUUCACUAGAAAAGUGUCUUCUAAAGACGAUAUUCUUCAGAAAACUGUCUAAGACGUUUCAAUACACUUGUCUUUGGUGUGUCUUCUGAAGACAGUUUUCUUUAGAAAAAUAUAUCUAGAAUUAGAAUAAAAUGUGUUAUUUAUAAUAGUGAUAAAAAAGAUUUCCUAGGUAAUCUAGAUUUAAAUACACAUUUUUAAUAGUUUAUUGAAAAAAAAACAAAGCAAUGAAUUGUAUGCAAUUCCAAAAACUAAAAAAAAAAAAUUAAAAAUAAAGCAAUAAGCCAAAGAAAGGCUUCAAAAAUAUAAAAAAACAACAAAAUUGUAAAUAAAUAAAUGUU